UGUUACCGUCGACGUUCUGGAUGCCACAAAGAAGGUUUGAAAAGCAAGAACAAAGCACCUGCAAAUGAAUUGCUGUGAGUUUAGAACAAAGGAAGCCUCCUUCCUGUCUCUCUAACUCACCGCCACGGGAGGUUCGGGAUACCGAAUCUUUUCGGUGUUUCCGUUCUCUCUCGAGAUUUCCUCCUUUUGAUCUGAUUCUCCCACUUCUCUUUCCUUCCCUUUCAAUUUCGCUUGCAAUUGUGCCCCAUCGAGACGGUGAAUUACUGAAUUUCUCUGUGAAAUGUCGACGGUACUGAAUUGUCCGCCGUGCUGCACCGGCGGGGGGUCGGUUAGUGGUUCAUUAAAGAAGGUGAAUUCUGUCCCGAAUUUAUGGAGGAAUACGAAGGUUUGGCGGCUGCCGGAGAAUGAUAAUUUCAAUGCCUGUCAGUUGGCUUCUAGCUCUUUUAGCAGCAUUGUCAAAUGCCAGAAAAUAUCAAUGGCAUUAGUGGAUGAAAAACCUGUGCACAGGAGCAAUGUAGUCAGCACUUCUUCUGGUAUCUUGGCGUAUGACCUGAUUCAAGGAGAACUCGUGACAUGGAGUUCUGCCAUGGACAGACCUUUACUUGAUCCACCAACAGCUGUUUUCUUGCAUGGGAUCCUAGGUAGCAGGAAAAACUGGGGAACUUUUGCUCAAAGAUUGUCUCGAGAAUUUCCAAUGUGGCAGUUUCUUUUAGUGGACCUGCGAUGUCAUGGCAAUUCAGCAUCAAUAAAAAAAAGGGGUCCUCAUACUGUUGCCUCUGCUGCUCUUGAUGUUUUGAAAUUGGUUCGAGAGCUAAGGAUAACGCCUCGUGUGUUGGUUGGUCAUAGUUUCGGAGGAAAAGUUGUCUUGAGCAUGGUGGAUCAAGCUGCAAAGCCUCUUGCUCGUCCAGUUAGAGUCUGGGUUUUGGAUGCAACUCCUGGAAAAGUUCGAGGAGGGGGAGAUGGAGAGGACCACCCCGCAGAACUCAUAUCAUUCUUGAAUAUUUUGCCUAAUGAGGUCUCAUCGAAGAGGGAAGUUGUCAAAGCUCUAAUUCAACGAGGAUUUUCUAAUGAUGUCGCGCAGUGGGUAGUCACUAACCUACAACCAACCAGUCCUUUUGGCUCACGAAUGUCAAGCUUCUCGUGGAUGUUUGACCUAAAGGCGAUUGCUGAAAUGUAUCAGUCAUAUGAAGAAACAAAUUUGUGGAAAAUUGUUGAAAAUGUUCCUCGUGGUGUGCAUAUGAACUUUCUGAAAGCAGAGAGAAGUCUACACAGAUGGGCUCUUGAAGAUCUUGAACGAAUCCAUGCUGCUGAGGAGCUGGCUGCCGAGGAAGGUGGUGGAGUUGAAAUGCAUGUUCUUGAAGAUGCUGGCCACUGGGUACAUGCAGAUAACCCAGAUGGACUCUUCAGGAUCCUAUAUUCGUCUUUUCAGGGAGUCAAGACCUAAACUUGCAAAUAUGUACACUUUCUCACGUAGCGCUUUUCUUUUUGUUUUGGGUAUUGAGGGCUGGUUCGUAAUGAACCGGUCAUGUUAUUUCUUGUUAAUUUCUCAUUCUAUUGUUUUUGCAUGUAAUUUUUUUCUUCCACAUUGCACAUGCACUUCAUUAUAUUUUCCUCAUGGAAACAUCACCCGUCACAGAUAGUUAAAAAGUUGGGUUAAAGAGCAUUGUCUCUCCUCAACUAUUUCACAACGAGAACUCAAUAUCUGAAACUGUUUUGAGUAGUGUUUUUUGUUGGUGUUAAAGUUGUUGCAAUGCUGAGUAUUGGCCGGUGGAUAUUAA